AUGCAAACCAACCCUAGAAAGCGCUUACAUGACACUGCCGACGCUCUCAACGUCUACUAUUGCCUGUGCGGUGAAUUCGUCCUUGUCUCGGACCGGCCCCUGUGCAGCCUUCCGCUUCGACCGCUCGACAAUGCUCGUGUGUUGCGCUGCUUGGACUCUCCUCCGCACUCAAUCACCGGUGCCGCGCAAAAGGUGCGAAAGGCCAGAGUUUUCAAGGUGAGCGCAACACAGGCAACGCCCAAAUACAUCACACGUCCCGAUAAGAGCUUGGAAAAGCAGUAUCCAUUCAACUGCUCCCGGUGCAAUCUGGAACUCGGAUACGAACAUACCCCGCCUCCGCUCAAGAGUGGUGGCAAGUUUACUUUUGUGCUUCCUGGUGCUUUGACAGACAGACAGGGUGUCCCACCACCAGAUGCAUUUCUACAAGACUUCCUCACGCAGAACGACGAUGACGGUCACCCGCCAAGUGUCGACCAACACUCUAGUUAA